AUUGACUACUCCGUACCUACGAUUGACAAGAGAGAUCGCGUAUAACAGGUAGUCAGAAAAUUGACUGAUACCAUCAUCACUUCAACAAUAUCCAAAACACAUGUUAUGUCAAUGACACUCACAGUCGGUGUCCUGGCCUUACAGGGCGCCUUUCUGGAACAUUUGAUACUACUCAAAAGAGCUGCAAGUCAUUUACAAAGCCACGGAGUCACGACGUCCUUCGAGUUCACAGAAGUCAGAAAUGUUGAACAGCUUUCCCGAUGCGACGCAUUGAUUAUCCCCGGCGGUGAGAGCACAACCAUCUCUCUAGUGGCGGCAGAGUCUGGUCUGCUGGAGCCUUUAAGGGACUUUGUAAAAGUUGAUCGGAAGCCAACCUGGGGAACAUGUGCUGGACUCAUCCUGCUAUCCGAGGCAGCAAAUGCCAUCAAGAAGGGAGGUCAGGAUCUCAUCGGUGGUCUAGAUGUUCGAGUGAAUCGCAACCAUUUCGGUAGGCAAGUCGAGAGUUUCCAGGCCGACCUAGACCUUCCGUUCUUGAAAUCAGAGGAAUCAGUGUCGCAUGAACCAUUUCCAGGAGUCUUCAUCCGAGCACCCGUUGUCGAAAAGAUCUUGCCCAAUGUCGAAGGUGUUCAGAAAGGAGAACAGCAGAUGGCUCAGACCGUCGUUGCCCCAUCGAAAUCUGCCAGAGACAAUCACGCCCGGCAAGCAAUGAGUUCUCAUGUUGAUGUCAUGGGCGUGCUUCCUGGUCGACUCAAGAAGGCAAAUGCUAUGGGUGCUGAAGUAAAUGCUGGAGAAGAGGUCGGCGAUAUCAUUGCUGUCAAGCAAGGUAACGUCUUCGGAACGAGCUUUCAUCCUGAACUGACCGCCGAUAUUCGGAUACACGUUUGGUGGCUGAAACAAGUCUUGGCCGCAGUCGGUAGAACAUCUGUAACUAAGUCGGAGUGAAUAAGACCAUGGUCGGGUUGCUGCGAUUGACCGCAUGCUGGAGUUCGCCUUAUAUAGCAACUAGAGUUAGUCGAUAUAGUGUUU